GGGGGCGGGAGACCUGAGGCCGGGUUCGUGGGCGGCUCUGGAAGGCGAGGUCUGCGGACAUGUGGUGGCGGCCCUGGCUGCCUGCCUGCCUGGCCUGGAGCUGUGUGGCCGCGCUGUGCGGCUCCCGCGGGCUCUGCCCGGCCCCGAACGCCUCCCGCCCUCAGCCGGGUCAGUGCCCGCGGCGCCGGGCGGCGGAGCUCUGCGCCUGGGCCCUGUCCUCCGACAGCCUCCUAGAUCCUUUUCCAGUUGAUGUGAUCCAAGAAAAUUAUGUCCGUAAUGUGAGAAAUUGCAUUUUUUCCGUUGUCUAUCCUACACCUUUUAAAUCUAGAGUUCGUCUUGUAGCUGUUUCAAAGGAUGUUCUUGAAAAUAUUUUGGAUCUUGAUAUAUCUGUCAAAGGAUCAUCUGAUUUUCUGGAGUUUGUCAGUGGUGGCAAAGUGAUAUUUGGGUCUGUUCCACUGGCCCAUAGGUAUGGGGGUCACCAGUUUGGUAGCUGGGCAGGUCAGCUCGGGGAUGGAAGAGCCCACUUGAUCGGAGUAUAUACAAACAGGCAUGGUGAGAAGUGGGAACUGCAGUUAAAAGGCUCAGGAAAGACCCCAUACUCCAGGAAUGGUGAUGGGAGAGCUGUGCUUCGCUCUUCUGUUCGAGAGUUUUUAUGUAGUGAGGCCAUGCACCAUCUUGGAAUUCCCACAAGCAGAGCUGCUAGCUUAGUUGUAAGUGAUGAUGAUGUGUGGAGAGACCAGUUUUACAAUGGAAAUAUUAAGAAAGAAAGAGGUGCAAUAGUGCUACGAGUUGCCAAGUCGUGGUUUCGUAUAGGAUCCUUGGAAAUCUUGGCUCACUCUGGGGAACUGGACUUACUAAGAAGAUUGCUAGACUUUAUCAUCCAGGAACAUUUUCCAUCAAUAGCUAUGAAUGAUUCAAAUAGAUACCUGGAAUUUUUCUCUACAGUCGUGUCAGAGACUGCGAAUCUCAUUUCCUUGUGGAUGUCUGUGGGGUUUGCACAUGGUGUGUGCAAUACAGAUAACUUCAGUUUGUUGUCCAUAACAAUAGAUUAUGGUCCAUUUGGAUUUAUGGACUCCUAUGACCCCGAUUUUGUUCCAAAUACAUCUGAUGAUGAAAGGAGGUAUAAAAUAGGAAAUCAGGCAAGUGUUGGGCUGUUUAAUCUGAGCAAGCUGUUACAAGCUCUAAAACCUUUAUUGGAUCCCAGGCAAAAGCAGCUAGCUUCCCAGAUUUUGGAGGGGUUUGGUGAGCACUAUCACAGUCGUUUCACAGAACUAUUCAAAACAAAAUUGGGUCUUCUUGGGGAGAAUGAGAGUGAUAACUAUUUGAUUGCUUUCCUCUUAAAAAUUAUGGAAGAUACAAAGGCUGAUUUUACAAUGACAUUCCGAGAGCUGAGUGAAAUUACUGCAGACCAGUUAAAGAAGCUCCAUAUUCCUGAGGAAUUCUGGGCUCUCCAGGAUCUGGGUAAACACAAAUUAUUUUCAGAGUGGGUUACUAUGUACCUCCUGAGAUUAAACAGUAACAAUGGUGACUCAGAUGCCAAAAGAAGAACAAGAAUGGCAACUGUUAAUCCUAGAUACAUACUUAGGAAUUGGAUGGCAGAAUCAGCAGUGCAAAAAGCUAAUUUGAAUGAUUUCUCGGAGGUUGAGCUCCUAGAGCAGGUUUUGCAGCAGCCCUUUCAGAGGCAGGAGGCUGCAGAGAGAGCUGGGUACUCCCUGCGCCCCCCAGCCUGGGCCAGGCAUCUCAAAGUCAGCUGCUCAUCCUGAGGGAAAGUCAAACAAGCAAGAAGAAUGAUCAAGGUCAAAGCUCAAGCCUGCAAAUUGGGCUAAUGGAUCAAGGCCAACAGGAACUUCUCCCUUAGACUUUGUGGACUGGAAUCUGUUCUUGACCAACUUAGGAAGUCUCAAGAUUAAAGAAGUGCAUCACUAUGGAGGGUUGCAUCAGCAGAUUAUCCUGGCAUUGACAACUCUGCCUCUCACAUUCAGCUGUGCUUUACUUUGAGUCCCAAUGUUUAAGUUCUGCCAAACUGUAACACUUAACCUCUCAAAAUUCAUGCUGAUCAGGUGGGUCUUUAGCUUAAAAUAACUUUUAGUGACUGAUCAAUUUAAAAUUUAUCUAAGCUAGUUUUAAUAAUGCAGUAUUUUGAUGAAUUUUCUUCUUGCUGUUACUCAUCAAAUUUAGCUGUGUUCUUCAGACAUAAAUGUUCUUAAAUCUUGCAGACCUAGCACAAAGGAUCAUCUUAGACCUUGACACCUUUUCUCAUUCUGAUUAUGUUUUGUCCCAUUAAACUGACAAAAGAUUUAAGGGAAAUUCAGUUAAAUAGUUUGCAAAGAUGUCUGUCUUGGGAGAGAUGAAAGAUGUCUCUCUGACUCCAGAGUAAGUUUUGGUGUCUUUGUUGGUGUCAGGUGCUUAUCCAGAGGACCACUUCUCUUUGAAAGUAUCUUUUGAUAGGAGUAGAAAGAUUAUUGGUGCAUAGAUAUGAAGUCUCAGGAAAAAUUUGCUGCUUGGCCCUGGAAAAGGACUGUGUUGGGAGCAUCUCAGCUGAGACUGCUUCCAUUUCAGGUAUGGAGGAAGGUUAAAAAGGACAUGCUGCAAUUUCAGAUAUUUUCAGGCUAAAAUACUGUAAGGUCUAGUGAUGUGCAGACCAUUUAGAAGACAAUAGAUUAGGUAGAGGUAGAAGGAUUAAUUUAUUUUUACAAAUGCUUUGAACUACAGCAUUGGAACAACUUUUUGUAUUUUGCAGUGUAUUUUAGUACCAGAUCAAGCCAGAUAAUUGUGUUCAAUAAGAGGCAGCUUUGUUCUUUGAAUGGAGUCUAAAUCUUACAUUUAAAAAAUUCCAUGUAACCGUGUGCCUACACAAAAUAGUUGAUAGAGGUCUAAUCAUCACAGCAUUUUACUUCAUUUCUGGAGUUUUCUGUAGGCUUUGAUUUUUUUUGUUUUGAAGAAAGUUCAACUUCUUUUGUGUAAGAUUAAGUGCAUGAAUUAUGAUCGACUGCAGAUGUAAAAUGUAUUAAAAUUGAUUUUUUUGUGUUGUAACAAAAGAGAAGGGAGGAAAUAGGGUGGGAGGCUGAGCAUUCUGGUGAGAAGAGUGAAUGCUAGCAAAGCCAUUGUAAAAGUCUCAGUGUUUUGUGACCUUACUGUGCAACAUUUUUCCAAGGACAUGUUCUGCUUUAUUUUGAUGCUGGGUGUAUAUUUCAUAAAAGUAAUUUGAUUUAAAAACAGUUGACUUGCAGACAGCUGCUGUCACCUAAGUAUGUCAAAUAUGUGCACUCCUAAUACCUAGUCAGAAAAUGACAUCUAGCUCUUCACUGAUUCUGCAUAAUGCUUCCUUCAGUUAUAUAUGGAAAGGGAUUGGGAAACAGUAAUCCUUUCCUCAUUUUAAAUUCUUUUUUUUAAACUCCUGGUUUUAACCCUCUUACUUUUAGGCUGUUGGUAUUUUCCCCCUCCACUUUAAACUGAGGUUUGUUUGAGCCUUACACUUGUCUCGAGGACAUUUCUCAGUUUGGCAGUUUGAAGGUGCUUUGAUACCUUUGGAAUGUCCCAGUGUGUCAAUUCAACACUUCCAGGUGACACUUUGGUUAAUGGUGGGCAUACUUCUUUGGUGAGAGCUCUUUGCUCAGUUCAGCUGAAAGCAAGGGAGCUCAAAAACCAGUAAGAGCUGGGUGGACUCUCUCUCUGUCAGCUUAACAUGGUGUUUAUGGCAAAAUAAUUUCAGGAAGAAAUGCAUGUGGUUUCAAACACU